AUGGCCACAGAGAUGGCCCGCCAAGGGCUGGUGGAGGUGGUCAAGGCGGCGGCGCAGCAGGCUCAGCAGGUGCUGCAGCAGGCGGAGCAAGCGUUGGUCAAUGAGGCCGCCGCAGCGGAUGUGCGUGUCGAACGCCACGAGGUGGUCAUGGAGCUCUUGGGGUCUGCGGCACGCAAUGCUGCCACCAUCGUCGUGGAAGAGCGGCGCCGCACUGCUGCGGCGACCAGGGAGGCGGCGAUGGCAGCGAUGGAGGCAGCAGCGGUUGACGCAGCCGCCAAUGCGGAGAAGGCGGCGCGCGACAAGGCGUACCGCGCCGCCGACGAUGCAGCGGAGGAGGACCGUGUGGCGGAGACGACGACCUUAGCUAUGGAGCAUGACGAGGAAUCGUCUGCGGCGAUGCAGGCGAGGGCAGCCACGAUGGUGGCGAUGUUGCGCGACGCGGCGCGGCAGGCGGUGGAGGCAGCAGCUGAGGAGACGGAGCGGGCGGCGGAGGAGGAGGGAGCACUGGGCUACCAAGCUCAACACCGCAUUGGCCUGCCGUGA